AGGAAAGAAGGGGAAGGAGCCCCAGGACCGGCCGGACGGCAGGCGGGAUUAUGGGGCAGAAAGCGCGCAACCAGCCGUGACAGCAACUGUUAUGAAUUCCUCUGGACCGAACCAAAGCGAAAUCAACUCCGACAAAGCCGCGACCAAGCCGGGAAAUGUGGAAACGGAGACUCGCUGUGUCUACCCCAACGAGAGGCGGGAGAGGAAGCAGAUUUACACCCUUCUGAGCAUCAGCAAUAGUGUAAACGAGCAAGAGGAAAGGCCCUUGGAGGGUGCGAAUGGAACGGGAUGGGAGGAAGCAGUCCAAAGCUGGAGCAAGACAGCCCCAUUUGCUUACCUCCAACUACAAAAGAGAACCCGAAAGUCCAAGACAAGUGAGUCCGUCAAUAGAUGCCUCUACUGCUUAGAUUUGACGCCAGGUGUGGAACCGGAGCCCCAAAACAUGGUCCAAGUCAAAUCCGAUUUCAAACUCAACCCAAGCGCUGCCUCGGGCGGCCCUCCAGAAAAACAACAGACUUUGCUUUAUUCCAGUUCAGUCACAACAACUACUACUGCUGCCGCUACCCCUCCUCCUGCAACAGACGAGCCGAAGAGAGAAACGGAUUAUAGCAAAUUGCACUCUAUUGAAAUGUCCCAAGGAGAAAAGAAAAGAAUGGCCUUAAGAGAAGCCCAAGCUUCCCUGAGUGAAAAAAAGUUAUUUCUCCUAAAAGAGAAUCUGCUGUUCCCAGCGGAAAAGAAACCGGUGCCGAUCAAGGAAUAUAACAUCCUGUCACCGGGAAAGCCCCAAAGUUUAGCAACUGUCAAGACCAAAGAGAUAAGGAGCCACGAGCCUCUUCUGUGGAAUCGGUCUGGCACUGAGAUCACUGCUAAGUCAUCCUUGGUCCUGCCACCCUUGAAGGACACAGCGCUCAAACACAGCCUGGAUAACUCCGCAAAGAAAAGUAAGGUAGUCAAUUCCCAGGCCAGUGAGAAAACCUUCCAUGCUUUUGCAGAGACGGUUUCCUGCCCUCAGUUUUUAAAACCCAAGCAGCUCAAGUGCGAGCCGACGAUAGACGCCAUGUACGAUGCGGUGGUGAAGGAGCAGCUAAAAAUGCACGAGAUAGCCUCCGCUUUUGUCCCAAGGCUUUCCAAGACUUCGCUCCUCUCCAGGCAUUUGGAUCGGGGCUACUGGCACUUUUUGCCAGAUAGGAAAAGUUUAACCUUGAGCAGUUCGGUGCAGCUGAGAAGACACGGGCAUCUCCACAGCAGCCAUUCCCUGCAUGCAAAAGGAAGCCACGCCAGCAAAGCCAAUGAAAUUAGGAGGAGUUACAAUGGAGGCAAACAGGAAGGAAGCCAGGCUAAAUCUCAGGACAUCCCACUGCUUUCUGGAUUGUUCUCUUCCUUAACGGAACCAAGCUGGGAAAGAGUUACUCCUUUCAUAUGCUGUAAGACCCCAAAACAGCCCAAGAAGUCAAGAAUAACUCAACCAACCUCACGUCUACCUCGCCAGAGCAUGUCACAGUCUCUUAAGAAAAAUGUGUCUCGGGGAACCAAUCAACAACCAAGCCUGGAUUGCAAAUUUCCCGAAGGAGGACCCAUCGCCAGCAGCACAAAGGCUGGGGUUUCCUGCUUCAAGCCUUACACAUACAUCCCAACAAUGAAUGCCAACCCGGAGGGAGAAAGGGUAAGAGGAAAACUAGACUCCAUUCAGACGUUCCUAGGUGAGAAAAGGACUUUGCCGAUAAAGGAGUAUGAAAUCACGUAUUCUCAGCGGGCGGAACAGGAGGUCCUGAGCAUGCCAAAUGCGAGCCAAGGCCACCCUGCCAGCAGCUUGGACUGCAUCACUUUAAACGCACUGUUAGUCCUCCAGCCGGAAACUGGGGUCAUCAACCUGCACCUGGAGCCCCCUCCUAAACCUAAAGCAGUUGCGGUCAAGAGAUCAGACAAGGGGCACGGCGCUUCAACUCGCGUCGUCUCUCGCAGCUGUGCUGCAAAAGAAGCCAAAGAAAAGAAUCAAAACAAAGUAGAUAUAGAUCAUAUGGUGAAAAAGCAAAUACAGAAAUCAUGUACCGCUCUCUGAUUUGUCCAU